UUCCCGUCAGGUCGCCAAACCAACAUUGACUUGAGUAGCUUUGGGUGUGUUAUUGAUAAGCAAAGGAUUUAAGAAAGAUUUCAAGAUCAGUAUUUAGCCUGAACACGGUCAUGAUGUUGUUGGUAUUUGUAACUAUUACACUAUGGUGCUAUGGCAAUGGUGCUGAUGUGAAGUGUAUGGGUGAUGCCAUGUCGAAGCCAAAGAUAGAUAACAAUGACACAUGUCUUCUUGCAUGUGGGCCUAAGGAGAAAUGCUAUUGUGAUGAUACAUCUGCAAGCAAGUCCUUUAAAGAUUGCAAUCAGCAAUGCCGCGCGGCGAAAAUGCCUAAUAAUGAAACCAUCCAAGAGUGCUCUGACAUGGAAUGCAAAGGUUUUGAUGUCUGCUAUCAAGGAUGCUUCGGCACUCGCUGUCCAAAGGCUUAUUGCAAGUCGAGAAAGUCUUGCAAYCAAGAGUGUGCUGGCCAGUGUACCAAAYUAGUUUGCUCSUCUCCAGAGUGCAUUCAACAAUGUUCCAAUUGCACAAUGGAGUGUACAAGUGAGGUGAAAAAGUGCGGCCAUUUCUGUAGAGGAGGUCACUGUAAGUCUAUUUGUGGCAAGAACUCCGAAUGCAGUUGUGAAACGUAUUCAAACCCAUCAACAAAAUGUACAGUGGUAAUUGUCGCACAUGCUGCUAAAGUCUCCGCUCCGUUCUUCGUCUAUCUCAUUGGACUUUUUUUCUUCGUAAAAAACAUAGCUAAGCUUAUUGAUAUGUAAGUGGGCUUGUAACAGUCUGCCAUUUUGUUAGACAAAAGGCACGAGAGCCUUUGAGGCAGACAUUGUUAUGCAGGCAUAAUGAACUAUUUAUAAACGAAAGAACUGUAAAUUGUUAAAAUCUGUAUGUAAAGCUCCAAUAAAAUCAUGUUGAAGUC